AGUGGGCGUACGUGAGCGCGCUCCCGUCACGCUCAGAUGAGAAGGAGGAAAGUGGAUAUCUGAAGUGAAGUGGAUCAGCGUGUGAGCUCGACUGUCAUUUGGACUCUUUUAACUUCACGGUGACUUUAUCCGCAGAGCACGAUGGCUGAAGCAGACAUUGCACUGAUUGGUUUGGCUGUCAUGGGCCAGAACCUCAUCAUGAACAUGAAUGAUCACGGCUUUGUGGUCUGCGCCUACAACAGAACCGUGUCCAAGGUGCACGAUUUCCUCCAGAACGAGGCCAAAGGCUCCAAGGUGAUUGGAGCCGAGUCUCUGGAGGACAUGGUGUCCAAGCUGAAGAAGCCCAGGAGGAUCAUCCUGCUGGUCAAAGCUGGACAAGCUGUGGAUGACUUCAUCGACAAACUGGUUCCUCUUCUUGAGGCUGGGGAUAUCAUCAUCGACGGUGGCAACUCUGAAUACAGAGACACAACACGGCGAUGCAAGAGUCUGAAAGAGAAGGGCUUGCUAUUUGUUGGCAGUGGAGUCAGUGGUGGAGAGGAAGGUGCACGUUAUGGACCCUCACUUAUGCCAGGAGGACAUAAAGAGGCCUGGCCACACAUUAAAGACAUCUUCCAGAGCAUUGCUGCCAAGGUUGGAACAGGAGAACCUUGUUGUGACUGGGUUGGGGAUGAGGGUGCAGGUCAUUUUGUGAAAAUGGUCCAUAAUGGCAUUGAGUAUGGUGACAUGCAGCUCAUCUGUGAGGCCUAUCACCUGAUGAAGGAUGUGCUGGGUAUGGACCACGAUGAAAUGGCACAGGCUUUCAACAACUGGAACAAGACAGAGUUGGACUCCUUCUUGAUUGAGAUCACAGCAAACAUCCUUAAAUACAGGGACUCUGAUGGUACACAUCUGCUGCCCAAGAUUCGCGACAGUGCUGGGCAGAAAGGCACAGGGAAGUGGACGGCCAUUUCAGCUCUGGAGUACGGCACGCCCGUCACUUUGAUCGGGGAGGCUGUCUUUGCCAGAUGCCUGUCCUCUCUAAAGGAUGAGAGAGUGGAGGCCAGCCGCAGCCUUUCAGGGCCACAGGGGGUCAAAUUCAGCGGUGACAAGGCAGCCUUCCUGGAGGACAUCAGAAAGGCCCUGUACGCUUCCAAGAUCAUUUCCUACGCCCAGGGCUUCAUGCUGCUGCGGCAGGCAGCCAAAGAAUUCGGCUGGACCCUCAACUACGGCGGGAUUGCUCUGAUGUGGAGAGGAGGCUGCAUCAUCCGAAGUGUCUUCCUGGGUAAAAUCAAAGAGGCGUUUGACAGAGACGCUGAGCUUCAGAGUUUGCUGCUGGACAACUUCUUCAAUAAUGCCGUGCAGGACUGUCAGGAGUCAUGGCGCAGAACAGUCAGCACUGGAGUCCAGCAUGGCAUCCCCAUGCCCUGUUUCACCACAGCUUUGUCCUUCUAUGACGGUUACAGACACGACAAGCUGCCAGCAAACCUCCUCCAGGCCCAGAGAGAUUACUUUGGAGCUCACACGUACGAACUGCUGUCAAACCCUGGUCAUUUCAUCCACACCAACUGGACAGGCCACGGUGGAAAUGUUUCCUCUUCAUCCUACAACGCUUAAGGACCAUCCUCACAUCACUCAAAAACACAAGCAAGAAGAGAGGCAGAGGAUGAGGGGAAGUUGCCUGUGAAAGAAGACGACAUGUUACACAUUCCAUCUUUACAGCCUGGUUAUUUAAGACCCACACGCCCCAACAAUCACCUUCAUCUGACUUUUUACUCCUUCAAAGAUGUGUUGCAGUUUUAUUUAUCAUGAAGUGGAAUCAUAGAUUAUGUGUAUUGUAAACUCUUCCUCUGUGUGUGUAGCAACUCUUACCACAGUGACAAGAGGGGAAGCAACAAAGUGUUUACUCCAUCUUGAUACUAUGGAUAUUAUGCUGGCUAUCAGGCUAAUGUUCACCUGUCAUGUUGGGCCCAAGGUUCACGGUGUUAACACUGGAUUAAGGUGAACCGUUGCACUGUACUGUAUUAGGCUAAAUAAAGAUUUCAAUCCCUUUAUAA